AUGGCUUCUUCAAACGAAUUGCCAGUUCAAACACUUUCAGUGACGGUGCAUCCUACCAGUCCGAUCACGACGACAAUUUCCACGGUGCCGUUGCCAGAAUGCCUGGCGCCCGGUGAUGUCCUGAUCAAAGUCGAGGCCGCUGCUUCAAAUCCAAAGGACUGGCUCCAUCUUGUUGCCACGGGUACGUCCCUCAACUCUGGCGAUGACUUAGCUGGCAUCGUUGUCGCGGUAGGGGAAGGAGUGACACGAUUCAAACCUGAUGAUCGAGUGGCGGCGUUCCACCCGAUGGGCAAGCCGUAUGGUGCUUACGCUGAAUACGCUAUCGCUCUGGAGCACACUGCGCUCCAUAUCCCCGACUCGAUGAGCUUCGAAGAAGCCAGUACGAUUCCUCUUGUCAGCCUAACGGCCGGGUUGACUCUGUUUAGAAGACAAGGCUACCUCGCACCGUGGCAGCCAGGCGCGCAGGAGAAGAAUCAGAGGAAGUCUUUGCUUGUGUACGCGGCUACCACUUCGCUGGGCACAUAUGCCAUCAAACUGGCCAAGCUGGCAGGAAUCGGCCCGAUCGUUGCAAUUGGAGGUGGAAGCAGUGAUUACGUCAAAGGUUUCCUCGAAACUCCGCAGGACGCUUUCCUGGAUUAUCGGACGGGACUGGAGACGUUGAGAGAGAACGUCAAGCGCCUCACAGAGGAGCGUCAUCUGCACCUCAGGAAUGGCCUUGAUGCGGUCAACGAACACGAAAGCUGGGUUCAGGUCAGCCAGAUGCUUCACGGCGGAGGCAGGCUCAGCGUCUUUUCCGGGGCAAGGAAAUACGAUGAGCAAGCCAUACCAAAGGACGUCGACAUCGUCUACACCUUCGUAGGAACCGCACAUGAGGCUAAGUAUCGGCCCAGCAUGCCUAAACAACCGUCAGUGGAAGAUGUGCAAGGUGAUCCAGCGUUUGCUGGCGAGUUCUUUGUUUGGCUGGAAGACAUGUUGAGACAGGGAAAGUACUCAGGUCACCCCUUCGAAGUGAUUUCUGGGGGCCUCAAUGGCGUGUCCGAGGGUCUCAACAGACUCAGGAAUGGUCAGGCGGGAGGCAGGAAGUUUGUGUAUCAGAUUGGCUCCAAGGGUCGGGAAUAG